AUGCCGCUGUACUCCGUUACUGUGAAGUGGGGAAAAGAGAAAUUUGAAGGUGUAGAAUUGAAUACUGAUGAAUCUCCAAUGGUGUUCAAGGCUCAGCUUUUUGCACUGACUGGAGUCCAGCCAUCCAGACAGAAAGUUAUGGUGAAAGGAGGAACAUUGAAGGAUGAUGAUUGGGGAAACAUCAAAAUAAAAAAUGGCAUAACUCUACUAAUGAUGGGGUCAGCGGACGCACUUCCUGAAGAACCCUCAGCUAAAACUGUCUUCGUAGAAGACAUGACGGAAGAACAGUUAGCAUCUGCUAUGGAGUUACCAUGUGGAUUGACAAACCUGGGUAACACUUGUUACAUGAAUGCUACAGUUCAGUGUAUUCGUUCUGUGCCUGAACUCAAAGAUGCUCUUAAAAGGUAUGCUGGUGCCUUGAGAGCUUCAGGGGAAAUGGCUUCAGCACAAUAUAUUACUGCAGCUCUUAGAGAUUUAUUUGAUUCCAUGGAUAAAACGUCUUCUAGUAUUCCACCUAUUAUUCUACUGCAGUUUUUGCAUAUGGCUUUUCCACAGUUUGCAGAGAAGGGCGAACAAGGACAGUAUCUUCAACAGGAUGCUAAUGAAUGUUGGAUACAAAUGAUGCGAGUAUUGCAACAGAAAUUGGAAGCCAUAGAGGAUGAUUCUGUAAAAGAGACAGAUUCUUCAUCUGCAUCAGCAGUGACACCAUCUAAAAAGAAAAGUUUAAUUGACCAAUACUUUGGAGUUGAGUUUGAAACUACCAUGAGAUGCACAGAAUCUGAAGAAGAAGAAGUCACUAAAGGAAAAGAAAAUCAGCUUCAGCUUAGUUGUUUUAUCAAUCAAGAAGUCAAGUAUCUUUUUACAGGACUUAAAUUGCGACUUCAGGAAGAAAUCACUAAACAGUCUCCAACAUUACAAAGAAAUGCUUUGUACAUUAAAUCUUCCAAGAUCAGCCGGCUACCUGCUUACUUGACUAUUCAGAUGGUUCGAUUUUUUUAUAAAGAGAAGGAAUCUGUGAAUGCUAAAGUUCUUAAGGAUGUUAAAUUUCCUCUUAUGCUGGAUGUGUAUGAACUAUGUACACCAGAACUCCAAGAGAAAAUGAUCUCUUUUCGAUCAAAAUUCAAGGAUCUAGAAGAUAAAAAAGUGAAUCAGCAGACAAAGACAAGUGACAAAAAGAGUAGUCCCCAGAAGGACGUUAAGUAUGAACCCUUUUCUUUUGCUGAUGACAUUGGCUCCAAUAAUUGUGGAUACUAUGAUUUACAAGCAGUGUUAACACAUCAGGGAAGGUCUAGCUCUUCAGGUCAUUAUGUAUCAUGGGUGAAAAGAAAAGAAGACGAGUGGAUUAAGUUCGACGACGACAAGGUCAGCACUGUGACGCCGGAAGACAUCUUGCGGCUUUCUGGUGGUGGAGACUGGCACAUAGCUUACGUCUUACUCUACGGGCCUCGCAGAGUUGAAAUAAUGGAAGAGGAAAGUGAGCCGUAA